CCCCCAGAUUCUUACUUUCGACCACGCUGAGGGACCAAUUGACGACAAACUCACGAUACAAGAUGGCGAAACGCAAGGCUGAAAAAGAACACCGCGGCCGGAAGAGGAGGAAGCUUGCGGAGCAGCAGCAAAAGGAGGAGGCCAAGAAACAGGAGCGCCAAGAACAAGCCGACCUCGACAUCCCUCAUGAAGACAUCCCCCUCGACGGUGAGGACGCCGGCAAGGCCGGCCAGCAGGACACGCGCGAAUUCUUCGGCACCCUGUCGGAUGAGGAGCAGGAGUACUUCCGCCGGGCCGACGAGAUGCUCGAACUGAGCGACUUCCCCUCCCCCGACGAGCGCGCCGUCUUCAUCGCCAACGUCUUCAAAGAGGCGGCCGGCAAGGAGCUCAAGCUGGCAAGCAGCCAAUCCUGCUCCCGCCUCAUGGAACGACUGAUCCUGCUCUCCACGACUCGCCAGAAGAAGCGCCUGUUCGACGCCUUCGCCGACCACUUCCCGACCCUCGUCACCCACCGUUUCGGCAGCCACUGCUGCGAGCAGCUCUUUUCUCAGUCCGCCCCCAUUGUCUCCAGCGAGCUGGCCGGAGAGGUCGAAGAGGAGGAGCCGGAGGAGGAGCCGGAGCAAGCAGACGGCGAGCCGAAGAAGCCUCUGCUGUCGAUGGAAGAGAUAUUCCUCCUAGUUUUGGACGAGCUGGAGGAACACCUGACGUAUCUGAUGACGGACACUUUUGGCUCACAUUCGCUGCGGGUUCUGCUGACCGUCCUCGCUGGGAGGUCACUGGACCAGGUCUCGAUGAAAUCACUUCUGCAGAGCAAGAAUAAGGAGAGGAUAUCCGUACCGGGCGCCCAGUUCACGACCCAGACGGAGGACUCCCCGCAGACAAUGCCGGUGCCGUCGUCUUUCGGCCUCGCUGUCCAGAAAAUCAUCAACGACACACUCUCCUCGCUCGACUCAACAAUGCUCGCCGUUAUGGUGAAACAUCCAACAGGAAACCCAAUCAUGCAGCUACUCCUAGAACUCGAUAUUGCACUCAACACCAAGAACAAGAACCGGAAAAAGGCUUCUGAAGCGGCGGAUGAGGCCCAAGCGGGAGAGGGGGGCUCGUCAAUGACUUUGCUGGAGCGUCUUCUCCCUGGUGCCCCCGCAUCAUUGGGCGACGAGAAAUCGGAAGCGUCCAGGUUCGUGAGCGGCACCAUAUACGACCCCAUUGGCUCACGACUGCUUGAGACGCUCGUGACGCACUGCCCGGGAAAGAUCUUCAAGGGCCUGUACGCGCACGUGUUUGGGCCACGAGUCGAGACGCUGCUCCGCAAUGAGACAGCGACUUACUGUCUCAUGAGGGCGCUGAACCGCCUGAGCAAGGAGGACCUGGCCGAUACAGUCCAAAAGUCUCUGUCGAAGGUCGAGCUGCUGCUCUCUCGUGGCCGAUUUAGCAUUCUCGCCACACUAUUCGAGCGUUGUGACGCCCGCGAACUUGGCGAUUCGAUCAAUGCCCUCCUCAAGGCAGUUGCGGAUGCCUGCAACGCCGCCGGGAUUUCGCUCGUCCGGAGGCUCUGCUACCUGCAGAGCGAGGGGGGCGGCGAGAAAAAGGAUUGUAAGAAGAAAGACAAGAAGAACAAGAAGGGCGAAACCGACGCUGCGCAACUGGUGGAGCCAGAGGAGAAGAUGACGCCCAAGAGAAAGGACGACCUCGUCCGCAACGGCUGCAAGCUGGCGACAACCCUUAUCAGCAUCGGCGGCGCACCCGCACAGGCGAUACAGGGCUCGCUCCUCUUCCUCUCGCCCGAGGAGCUGGACCAGCUCGCGACCUCGACUGCGGGCGGCGGCGCGGGGUCCAAGUUCCUGGCGGCGGCCAUCGGGAAGCCCGCGUCCAACCCGGUCUUCCACAAGGUGCUGGCGUCGUCGCUCACGUCUCCGCCGCAGCAGCGCGUGCUCGCGCUGGCGCUGUCGGAGCAGGGGCACCGGGUGCUCAACGCGCUGGCGCUGGUGCCGUCCAAGGCGCCCGGGUUCGCGCUGCCCUUCUUCAUGAGGCAGUCGCUCGUGGCGCAGCUCGCGUCGCACGAGAGCGAGCUGCGCGCGAGCUGGACCGGCCGCAAGGUCUGGCACGCCUGGAAGGGCGACCUGUGGGCGCACCGGCCGGCGGACUGGAUUCAGUGGGCCAAGGAGGUCGAGCCCGAGGACAAGCGGCGGGCCAGGGCGCCCGAGGUGAGGGUCAAGAAGGCGCCGUGGGCGCCCAGGGAAGGAGACGAGGCGAAGGAGGACGAGGGGCCGGACAAUCAGGACACGGCCGCUCCGGCUGAUGAAGUGACAAAGAAGAAGGAAAAGAGAGAUAAAAAGGAAAAGAAAGAAAAGAAGGAGAGGAAGUCGGAAAAGAAGGAGGAGAAGAAGCGCAAGGAAAAGAAGACGAAAGAGGAUGUCGAUAUGGUGGUAUAGGAGAGAGCGGAUGUGAAGAAGGCAUCCAGAAAAGCAAAAGUAAUCGAGAUACCCAUCCAUACUUGGUAUUGCUUCACUUCGCGUCGAGCCUAGCGUGCAUGUCACCUGCAAAAGGAUGAUUGUAGACAUUCCCGAAUGUGUUUGACUUGUCUGUCGAUGCCAAGAUGGGACAUGUAGUGACGCAAAAAGCAAGAGCAGCAAACAUGCAAAAACAAAUUCACCCAG